GGGGGAGGAGCGGUCUGCAGGGGUGGGCGUCGCCAGCUUCGGGGAAUCGGCGCUGAUGGGGGAGCUCAGGCCUGGUCCCGAUUUUGGGGGGUGGUCUAGGGUUCCCACCUGCCCCCUUCUCUCCACCAGCCCCAACGUGGAGAGGUCUGUCCCGAGCCCCUCCCCCACCCAACGACCCGGAAGGGUCAUUAAACCCAGUGGCCCUCGAGGAGGGGCUACAGGGAGGAGCAGCUUCCUCCAGCCUUUUCCUUCUGCCCCCCACCCACCACCAUCACCAAAGAGGGGGCGUCGCCUGCAGCGUUUCCGUGGGGGGGGGCUUGUCUUGAAGUUGUCAAAGGUGGGGGAGGGGUGGCCGACCAGACCAGGCCAGGCCAAAAAUGUCCCCUCAGCGUUUCCUGGGUCGGGUGGAAGCCGGUGACCGGCAGCUCCCACCCGGGGGAUGGGGACGAGCUGGGUGCUACUUUUUUGACCUUUGGAGGACGAAGCUCCGGAAGUCUUUGUGCAAUGGGACCUCUACCCUCACUGGACAGGCAGGGACACCACGGCCCCCUUGGGAUGCGCUUUAUCCCCAUUGUCAUGAGGCCACCUUCCUGGCUCCCCUAACUGCCCUUUUACCCCAACUCCCUGGCAAAGGAAGUCUGGGGACGGGGCCUGUCUGUGACUGGAUAUCUGCGUUGAGUAUCUUCAAGCCUGUGAAUGAGCCAGAUGCCGGUUGUCGCGCCCCGGUGCCCGGCGUGAGAAGGGCCGCGCCCAUCCGCCACGGGCAUGCCCCGCCACUGCAGGCGGUGAUGGAGACCCUGUUGCAACGGCAGCAACGUGCACACCAGGAGCUGGAGGCCCGGCAGCAGCCACCACCACCUGAGACCCCCGCCACUGGACCCACAGCCCGCGCACGGGGCACCCCGGAUGAGGACAGAGAGCCUGACAGUGUGCGCAUGCAGCGGGCACAGAUGGCGGCACUGGCUGCCAUGCGGGCCGCCGCUGCGGGCCUUGGACACCCACCCAGCCCUGGUGACGGCUCUGAGGACGGUCCUCCCGGCUCGGAGGAUGAGGACAUGGACCAGGAGGGAGCUCACAGCUCACCUGGCCAAGGCAAGGAGAGGCUGGGAUGCUUGGAAGGAGAUGGACACUUUGAGGACAUGGGCUCGGAUGAUGACAUGAAGCAAAAGUGGGAGGAGGAAGAGCUCGAGGAGGACAUGGCGGACGAGGACGAGGACGAGGAGGAAGAAGACGACUUCGAGGAGGAGGAGGAGGAGGAGGAGGAGGAAGAGGGGCUGGGCCCCCCGGGCCCCACAGGCCUGGGCUCCACAGGCCUCUUCCCCCGCAAGGCCCCGCCAGCCCAGGCCUUCCGCGGAGAUGGCAUCCCCAGGGCACUGGGCGGCCCCGAGCGGCUGGGAACCGGCCCUGCGCACCCUGGAGGGCCCAGCCACGUAGCCUCUCAGCUGCAGCCACCCGACCACGGGGACUGGACCUACGAGGAACAGUUCAAGCAGCUCUAUGAACUCGAUGGGGACCCUAAGAGGAAGGAGUUCCUGGACGACUUGUUCAGCUUCAUGCAGAAGCGAGGUACGCCCGUGAACCGCAUCCCCAUCAUGGCCAAGCAGGUGCUCGACCUGUUCAUGCUGUACGUGCUGGUGACGGAGAAGGGUGGCCUGGUGGAGGUCAUCAACAAGAAACUGUGGCGGGAGAUCACCAAGGGCCUCAACCUGCCCACCUCCAUCACCAGUGCUGCCUUCACGCUGCGGACCCAGUACAUGAAGUAUUUGUAUCCCUACGAGUGUGAGCGACGUGGUCUCAGCAGCCCCAAUGAGCUCCAGGCCGCCAUCGACAGCAACCGGCGGGAAGGCCGGCGCCAGAGCUUCGGUGGCUCCCUCUUCACCUACUCGCCAGGCAGUGCCCACGGCAUGCUGUCCUCACCCAAGCUGCCCGUGCAGUCCCUGGGCUUGGCCGCCAGCACCAACGGCAGCUCCAUCACCCCAGCCCCCAAGAUCAAGAAAGAGGAGGACGUGGCCAUUCCCAUCACAGUCCCUGGCCGCCUGCCCGUGUCCCUGGCGGGCCACCCUGUGGUGGCGGCCCAGGCAGCCGUGGCAGCGCAGGCGGCGGCCCUGGAGCAUAUCCGGGAGAAGCUGGAGUCCGGGGAGCCCCCCGAGAAGAAGAUGGUGCUGGUCUCGGAUGAGCAGCAGCGGCUCCUGCACCGAGCUCUGCAGCAGAACCUACUGGCCAUGACCGCCCAGCUGCCCAUGAGCAUCCGGAUCAACAGCCAAGCCUCUGAGAGCCGGCAGGACUCGGCUGUCAGCCUCUUGGGAACCAACGGCAGCAACAGUAUUAGCAUGUCGGUGGAGCUCAACGGGAUCAUGUACACAGGGGUCCUGUUUGCUCAGCCGCCGGCCCCCACACCACCCUCGGCACCCAGCAAAGGUGGUGGAGGCGGUGGCGGCGGCAGCAGCGGCGGCGGCAGCAGGAAGCGGCUUUGGCGUCUGGCGCGGAACAGCUGCGGUGUCAAAGCCAACCCUGUUUACCUCAUACAUCCCUGCACUGUGUGUUAG